AGCAGAAAACAGCGAACUGGACAUGGCAGAGGUAGAAGCAAAUCCUAGUUCUCCCAAACAAGAAGAGAAAACUAAAGAAGGGUUAGGUUCUCCAACAUUCAAACAACUAGAGAAUGGACGUUUCAAAUGCUUAGAAACUGGACAUGAAUGUCAAUCUAAAGAUAAGGAAUCAUAUAGUAAUAGUAAGAGAUGUCGUUUAGGUCUUAUCGACUAUUUUUUACCUCUUAAUGUGUUCAAACAAGAUCCCACCAACAAGUCAAAGCUAAUUUGUAAGUUAACAGGAGAUACUGUGAACAAAUCUGAAGAACACAUUUGGAAGCAUAUCUAUGGGAGAAAAUUUCUUAGUAAAUUAGAGGAAAAGGAAGAGGAAACUCGAAAAGUGACGUCUAAUGGGGUUAAAGAAAAGGAGGAUGAGGAAGAAGUAGAAACCAAGAAAGGUGUGAAGAAGGAUAAGAAGAAGAAAGGGGUUAAGAAAGAUGUUUCUGUUGAAACGGUACCCAAGGAUGAUGAGAGUCCAAUGGAAGAUAACAGUGAGUCGGAAGAGCUUGACUUCUGGAUUCCUCCGCCAGGUAGUAGGUGGGAUUUUGACGAUGGAAAGGGUCGAUGGGGUUCUUUUACAGAGUCGGGUCAGGAUUCUGAUGAAGGAGUUGAAGUGGGCGAUGAUAUAGAAGAAGAUGAAAAGACUGGUCCGGAGUCUUCAGAACUCUCCAUGCGGACAAAGCGCAUGUCCAAGGAAGUUGGUCCCAGCAGCUUUGCAUCACGCAAGAAGAAGAGGAAGACCAAAUCAACUGAUCCAAAAGCUGAUUGAGAGGUCUUUUCGACUUUCGCCAACAGUCAUGGACUGGGAAAAGUAACAAGAUGCAGGAGAAGACCUAUAGUUCAAGUAUGUUACAGAAAAAUGUAUAUUAGUACUUUUUCGGUGGACUUCUACUGACAAGAUUGCUGCUGCUACUCACGAUCACUACUGCAAGUUUGGUUGUGCUGCCUUAAAAUGCAUCAAGAAAAGCACUCCUAAGGAUCCUCGUGGUAACGAAGUGGAACGAUGAGUUAAUUCUUUAUGCAGUAAUAAAUGCUCGAAUU